AUGCUUCUUGUGUGUGUUGUGAAAAUUUUGUCGGCCUUCAUCGACAAUGGGUACCCGCCGCCUGUCAAGAAGCGAGUACGCCAACCCAAAGUCGGUAAGCAGGGCACAAGUCUACCCGAGGUUAGUCGUUUGGACAUGCGGGUAGGUAAAAUCGUGGAGGUGGAGCAGCAUCCCGAUGCGGAUUUACUCUACGUAGAGAAGGUGGACCUCGGUGAGGACAACCUUCGCACCGUGGUCUGCGGGCUGGCGCGACACAUGUCCAGCGAGGAGAUGCGAGGCCUAGUGGGCGUCUUUCUGUGCAACCUUAAACCUGUCAAGAUGCGUGGCAUCGAGUCUCAGGGUAUGCUGAUGUGCGCCACCGAUGCCAGUGGCAGAGUGGAACCUCUGAUUAUUCAGAGUCCGACCGAAAUCACCCUGGGUGACAGAGUCUACGUACAUGGCUAUCCCAGCGAACCAGAUAGUCAAUCUCACCUUAAGCAGAAGGUGUGGGAUAAGGUGAAGUCUGACAUGCGCGUGGACGGUGCACAUAUGGCCACGUACAAGGGCGAACUCUGGAGGCUGAAAAACACUCCCGAUGCCGUCGUCAAGGCGCCCACUGUGAUGGAUGCGCAGAUCUCCUAG